GGCCGGGCCGGGCCGGGGCGGGGCGGGGUGAGGCGAAGCGAAGCGGCUGCCAUUCCUCGGCUGCGCGGCCGCCUCCUCCCCCUCCGCCUCUUCCUGGCCGCGGCGAGAGGAGCUGUGCUGGCAGCGGGGAGGCGGCGGCGCGCAGCUCCCUGCCCGCCAUGGCGAUCCGCAAGAAGAGCAACAAGAACCCGCCGGUGCUGAGCCACGAGUUCAUCGUGCAGAACCAUGCGGACAUCGUGUCCUGCAUGGCCAUGAUCUUCCUGCUGGGGCUCAUGUUCGAGUUUACAGCAAAAGCAGCUGUCAUUUUUGUUACACUUCAGUAUAAUGUUACCAUUCCUGCCACUGACGUACAAUCUGCAGAAACAAUCUCUCUCUAUCACUAUGGCAUCAAAGACUUGGCUACGAUUUUCUUUUACAUGCUUGUAGCAAUAAUCAUACAUGCUAUAAUUCAGGAGUACGUACUGGAUAAAAUUAACAGGAAAAUGCACUUUUCAAAAACAAAGCAUAGCAAGUUCAAUGAGUCUGGGCAACUUAGUGCAUUCUACCUUUUCUCCUGUGUUUGGGGAACAAGUAUUCUUGUCUCUGAGAACUAUAUAUCAGAUCCAACCUCUCUGUGGAGGGACUAUCCGCACACUCUGAUUCCGUUUCAAAUGAAGUUUUUCUACAUCUUACAGUUGGCAUACUGGUUUCAUGCUUUUCCAGAAUUGUACUUCCAGAAAACUAAAAAAGAAGAUAUCUUUCGCCAGAUUGUCUACAUUGGACUUUAUCUCUUUCAUAUUGCUGGAGCCUAUCUCCUGAAACUGACCCAUCUUGGACUUGUACUUCUAGUAUUGCAUUACUUCGUUGAAUUUCUUUUCCACAUAUCCCGUCUCUUCUACUUCAGUGAUGAAAGAUACCAGAAAGGAUUUUCACUGUGGGCAGUUCUUUUUGUUUUGGGAAGGCUUCUCACCUUGAUUCUCUCGGUCCUCACUUUUGGCUUUGGACUGGCAAGAGCAGAAGAUCAGCAGCUGAAUUUCAGUACUGGAAACUUUAAUAUCCUGGCUGUUAGAAUUAGUGUGCUGGCCUCCAUCUGCAUGACUCAAGCAUUUAUGAUGUGGAAGUUCAUUAAUUUCCAGCUUCGGAGGUGGAGAGAGCAUUCUUCUUCUCAGCCUCAGACAGUGAAAAAGAAGUUUGUAACAGCUAAAGGAAAGAACUCCAGAAAAGAAAGAGAAAAUGGAAUAAAUGGAACAGUGACCUCAAAUGGAGCAGACUCGCCUCGUAGCAGGAAGGAUAAAUCCUCGUAAAACUGGGUUUUAUUAAGUUAAUUGACUAAUGUCCCCAAAGAAUCUGCUUUUUACAUGGAUGGCCCUUCAGCACUAGAGAUGUUAUGGAUUAAAGAAAAUACAAUUCAUGUUUUUUGAUUAUUGCUGUUGUUUUGAGAAACUUUUUUUAAAAGCCAUUUUGACUAUGGAAAAAGGUUUAUCUGUCUUCAAAUACUUGGCGGGGGGGGGAAUACAACACUUUUUAAAUAACAUUGACACUUUUUUAAACAUUUAUUGUGAUGAAAUCACUUAAUGAGGAUCACUGUUGCAAUGUAUUACUUCCUUCCAGUUUUUGUAAUCUUGGUGAUAUAUACUGUUCUACCAGCUUCGCUUUUUUCAAGUUCUUGAAGAAGUAUUGCAAAAUUGAAGUAAAAACUUAGUAUGCAUUUUCAGAUACUCUGGCUUUUCAGUUAAUUGCCUUGAUUCAAAUUUACAGUUCAAAUUGGGACUCCAAAACCACACAAAUAAACCUUUUAUUUUGUAGUUAUUAGCUACACAGUGUCUGCUCUAAGAAUUGCCCCGUAUCAUUAAAACAGAACUGAACUAAUUGGAAAUGUUGCAGAGUCUUAUUGUUUAUUGGUUAGAAAUCUCUUAACAAGGAACAAAAAACCUCUUUGAGCUAUAGCUUUAGCACUUGAAAAUUAGAAGGGAGCGUGUAUGGUCAUAGAAAGAGUUGAUUUGAGUAGCACUGUUAACUCCUGUCUGUGCUUUUAAAGUGUAUGUAUCUUGGAGAAUUAGUGUGCGUUGGACCUUCUUUGAAAACUUGUCUGUCUGAUUUUAGAGGGUGGAGGUUCUUACAGCGUGUUGUUGUGAUUGUUUUAGGAGACAUUUAAUGUUCCACGAAGAGGGAAUGUGUUAGAUAAAUGGAUCAAGUUAUGAGAAACAUUCCUUUAUUAUAACUGCUUUGCUUUGUUUCACUUCUGCUAGGAAAUAGUUUGAUUUCUCCUAUAUAUUUUUAUGAAAAAAAAUAUUUUAAAGUUACGACUUUGUAAAAUUGAUUUAUUGUGCCCUUUGCUACAACUGGAAAAAUCUUAAUUUAAUAUUUUCUUCAUUAUCUGUAUUUCACAAUGGUAUUAAAUGUGAAGCUUUGUCCAGUCAGUUUUCCAGUUUAAUGUGCAGUUGAUGUUUCCUCUGUACCCUUUUGUAAUGGGUAUAAUUCAACCCAUUUUACUUGAGAGAAUGAGUUAAAGAUUUAAUUCAGUCUUAAGAAGUUGCUACAUUAGUCUUUCAAGUUAACCCAAGUAUUAGACUGCUUAUUGAUUGAGAGGAGUAAUUAUGAGCAAUCAAGCUGAUAAUAACAGUUUUUAAUUAAAACUUUUUUAUUUAUAGUUGAGCUUAUACCCAACAAAAUAAUAAAUCUGCAUUCUAUAUCUUCUGCAGUUUGGAUGCUUACUAUACAGAAUAAACAUUUCUAGUACAAAAUCUUGACUACAAGUAACUAUCCAUUCUUCAGUCAUUUAGUGCUAUUUAGAGUUAUUGCGGUAUAAUUUAUUAUAUGUUUCAGCUAAUUUCAGUCACGGUUCCCAAGUACUUGCUUCACAGCUCUUGAAGUGGACUUGACAGACUUAUACUUGCUUAAUUGGAGUACUCCAGGGCAGCAUGCCCUGUAAUACACCCGGUCUGCUUCAGUGGAAGUAGCAAUACCCUAUGUUGAUUUGAAGAAAUAAAACCCAAGUGGUGAAUCUGUCUGAUCUGACCAUGAAACUGGAAAUUUGGAACUCAGAAAUUCUGAGGGAAUUGCAUACAUUAAAUACUCACUGCACAAAGUCAUGUUUCAUGUCUGUUGUUUCUAAAAAGACCUUCAUAGAUUCUGUGUGCCUUGCUCUCAAGUUGUACCUUAAGCCACAAGGGGCUAAUUUUUAAAUUUUCUGGUCUGGUACUUGGACUCUAAAUCAGUUUUCUUGUGAUACCUUGCUGUCCAGGGGCUGACGAAAUCAUAAAGGGUGGAGGAACAAAUUGUGGAGGGAGCGUUUAAGGUACUUCUUGAGAUCUUUAAGACUUAUUUAGACUCUGAGGGUUGUAGUAGUUGUUUCCCUAAGGCAAACUGUUUCUUGUAAGCCUCAUUCUUCGGCACAGUAAUCUUGAAAUGUAAACUUCAGGUUCACUUCUAAAAACUUCAAGGGAGUAUAUACUUGCCUGAUAAUUCUGAUGUUGUUUUUUGUCUCCUUUUGGCCUUAUGGACAUUUUUGGCCUUUGAAAUUUGAAAAAAGUACUUUUGCUUCCACAAAUGGCUUAAUCUUUCUUAUCCUUGCCUUAUAGGAGUCAUUGCUUUCUGCAAAGUAAUAGAGAAUAAUUUCAGUUGUUCUAGAAUUUUGAUAGAGUAUUGAAAGCCAGUUUCUUUUGUCAUAAUUAAAAAUACACAUUUAUCAUUUUGGAUGAGGCAGAAGCAGUAAUUUUUAAUUCUCUACCUUGAGGUGGAAACCCCUGUGGAGUUAGAAGACUUUGAGACUUCUGUUUCCAGUUUGAUAUUACUCGUCUUGGCAUAAGAUUUUUGUUUGCCUGGAUAACUUCUGAAUUGCUUAAAACUGAUUUUUCAAAUGUUAUUGCAUUUUGGCUCUUUGUAAUCUGGGAUUCAGUAAACUGGAAGAAGAUUAGUUGUCUAAUUGUGUUUUCUUAAUUAUGGAAUCAGGAAAAUUAGAAAUGGAAAUGACUGAAGAGCUCAUUAUUUUAUUCCUAUGCCUAAUAAAAUAAUUUUUGCUUAGGCUAUAGUAAUUUAUCCUGAUCAAUUACACACAGAGGUCCCACAAAGAGAAGGCUUUGUCCAUGUAGAUGGAUUUGAAUUGAGUAAUUCAUACUGGAUGGGGUUUGUUGGGUUUGGUUUUUUCCUUAAACCCCCCUCCUCCCUGCCUCAUCUUGUCAGAACUUUUCAAGACUUACAACAGAUGAUUUCAAGCCUUUUCUUACCCCCAUCCCCCCUCCCAAAUGUAUGUUUGGUUUAUGUGCCGGAAUCUACUAUCAAAGCCUGUAUUUUACUAAGGAAUUAUAUGUAACUUUAAAGUACAAACAAGGAAUACAGAGCAGCUGAAAAUAAUUCUCUGAGUUUUUGCUUUUAUCUGGACACUUUCUCCUCUUGACUAGUUGCAAAGAUUGAUUUCUCAUUUGUGAAUUAUUCAUGAACGUGGCUUUUUGGAAAUCCUGCUUUUUGGGUGAUCCCUUGCCCAAAUUUAGGAUCAAUCAAGGGAUUUGCAGUGCAGAGAACAUGCAUAGGCUGUUUCUGCUGAUGUGAGAAUACGCUGAAAGUAAAUUAAGUACGUUGGAAAAAUGCAUUUUGAAAUUAGUAGUUAUUUGUAAGCAUUUGACAAUUUUCCUAAGGUUGUUUUAUUUUUGUUUUUUGUUUUUGUUUUGUUUUGUUUUUUUAAUUAUAGUUGUGUUUAUGGAGUAUUAUUACCCAGAAUUUUGUCAUAAGCAGAGUGGUGCUUUGGUACAAGUAAUUGGACUUCUGUAAAAAGGGUAAACACACAUCUGCAGUCCCUUUGCUCCUUGCAGAUUUCUGACUAACUUCACAUGAGGUGAUUUUGUUGGGGGCAAAACUUGGUAUUAAAGGGAAGAGAGUGCUUUCAUGGUCAUGCUAAGCUAAAACUAAUGUAGGUUGCUGACAAAAUUGGGGUUCUACCCCUUGUCUAGCACAAGCAUUUCUGGUUGAAUGGUGAAGUAGAUGAGGGGCUGGUAUGACUGAAAACUGGUUUGUUUGCUCAGUUGCUUUUCCAAUGGAUUAGUUGCCUGAUAGUAAUCCCGGAGGUACUUGAGUAUUUAUAUAAAAGAAAGAAGAAAAGAUGCAGGGAAAAGGUGAAUCAAGCUUUAGGGCAGCUACCCCUUUCUACUGCAUGUUUGGUUGAAAAUUACACUAGAUUACAGUUUGAGUUGAGAGAUCUCUUUGAAGGACUCCCAGUCAUCAAUACCCUAAGGGAGCUGGUGUCUCUGGUAGCUUCUGCGUGCCAAACUUACUAAGUGUUAAUGGAUUUUUGUUAGAUAUUGUGGGGGAAGGAAGAAAUACUCGAUGUGCUUUACUGUACUGAGAUACCUUUUAUCUAUCAUAGUUUUGGGAUUUCCAAGCAGUACAAGAUGAUACUGGUGCUGUAGAAAUAGGAAUUCUGAAAAUACAGUUUUUCUUGGAUCAAAAAAACAAGAUUAUUUUCUUUAACAGCCAGGAAACUACAGCUUUUUUGGUGGGUUUGGUUUGGGUUUGGUUUUUGUCUUUUUGUUUUUUUUUUUUUUUUUUGACACAUGAACCCUGUGUGUCUCGAAGUAGGUCUUCCAGAGAGCUUUGCAAGAAUUGCACUGUAUGCCUGUCUGGGUACGUGGAGGGGAGGGUUGUUUGGUUUCUCUUACUUCUGUUUUCCUGUUUUCCAGAAAUUUACCAGCUGAUUCCUAGGUCAUACUUGGGUUUGGUUCCAUUUGUGAGUCAGCCCUUUAGGCCUGUGUUGUAGAAGAUGGACACGAGCAGCUAUAAUAGGCUCUCUACGCAGUGUUGGUCGUUGCUGUCCUAAUCGUUCUUUGUGGAAGAUGUCAGCAUUUUGAAGAGACUUGCACAUGAAGUAGAGUCAGCCAUGGUACUUGUAUUGUUCGCAGGCCAGUGAGAGCCUGUGUGCAGAGAUACUGUGUUCCAGGGGGCUGUGGUUUAAUUCCUGUAGUAAUAGUCGCCUUGUUAUGCAAAUACUUGGGUUAUUUCUUGCACAGGGUAUAAGAAUGCCCUACAAAAUUAAGGCUUGGGGAAAGUUUAAGAGAUCCUUUAAAAAGAAUAAGGACUGACGUCAGUUAUCAUCUGUUCAUCGUAUUUGAAUUUCUCACAUUUUCAGUUGUGGAUUAUCUUUAGAGAACUGGACUAGCCCGCGCUUGGGGGUUUUUUUCUGCUGUAGGUGGUUGUGGUGGAUAUCUGGUGGAUAACCCCUCUUCUCAUUGCUCCCUGAACUACUCGGUUUAGGAUCUGAUAAGCCUAGUUCUGUACACAUUAAGGAGUUUGGCGUGCUCUCUGGAACUAAAAUAGAAGCAGUGCAGGAGUGUUUCUGGAGCAGACGUGCAAGAAAUAAGCACAUCAAUAUGUCGGGUGUCAUCAGAACCCACUUAAUGGGAACUGAAACUUUUCAGGAUACAAUUUGUAUUGCAGUGUGGUGUUUGGAUAUAGCUCACAUCCAGGUAGCAGGUGCCUUUGUGGGUGAAAUGGAACUGCUGUCGGCAUCUACAACUGCCAGUGCCCCUUCCAUGAAGGAUGGGUGAGGGGUGCUGCGCUGCAGCUGCAGUGGGCUUCCUUCUGCCUUUUAGAGAAUUUCUUUUGAUGUUGACAAGACAAAAGGCAACAACUUAUUCCAGGUUUAAAAAAAAAGUAAAACAUGCUACCCAGUAUUGGAUUAAAAACAAUUGCUCUUGAUCUCUUUCUACGUGUCCUGUCACUUUUAGUUUAGGUUUCUGCAAGUACUUUACUUUUAUCCAGCUCAAGGAUGACAAAUCUGUGAUGUGAGUGCCAGAAAUGACAACUCCUUUUUCUUCUUUUUGUGUUUGAAACUUUUUGCAGAAUCAGAGCAGCUACAGUGUAGCUUUAUACUUUGAUAGCUUUUCAGUAUUCUUUUUCGUUAUUUAUUGUGGUUAACAUUAAAGGUCAGGCAUUGUCAUGCAGCACAACACAGUUGUCACUUCUUUAUUCCAAACACAAGAGUGGAAGGCAAUUUGAUAUACUGAAAUACAGAGUCUUGACUGGUUUAGCAGAAAUUGGAAUUCCUGGAUGGUUUUGGUUUUCAUAUUGCAGUUCACUAUUAUUGCCUUUCUCAUUUAGGAAACUGGGCACUUAAGAUCUUUGAAUCUCUAGGCUGCAGUUUUGCUGUAUAUCACUUGAAAAAUUAUGGUCUAGAACUUGAGCUUUGUGUCUCCUUAUAUCGGUUAUAAAUGUUGAAGAAUGUGUCUUGCAUUGUUAUUAACAGACAAAAACUCAGCCCGUGGUGAUGAGAAUAUUGUAACGGGGCAGGAAUUUCAACUCGAACUCCAGGCUAGAAGCCAAGCCAAAAAACUAUCUUGUGUUCUGACGCAGGUGAUUCCUCCUCUGUUUCCUGAUUAAUCAUUAUCUUUGUUUUGUUUAUUUAGAUUGUAAGUUCUUUGUGGCAAGGGUUGUCUUUUAUGUGUGUGUGCGUGUGUGUGUGUACCCAGGACAAUAAGGCCUGGAACCCCAGUCUGUGGAAGCUGUAAUAAGCAAUCACCUUGUUACUGUUUUACUGGAUAUCAUAAUAAAGAGUAUCGAAUUAAAA